ACCUAUUAUUUUGCCUGCGUCUUUUUUCUCCACCAUUUAGGCACGCUUAAUUUGACACACGCAAAAACCCGCGCUUUACAUACAUGACCAUGGGCAAGGGCGAGUUUGAUAGCACGAUCCCAGAGUCCUUCCUGGAUGCCUUUGUGCGUCGCCCAGGCGCCUUUGUGGUUCCGACUGAUGAAGCACGCACAGCGGCGAUGGAGGUUGUUGGACGCACCUACGAUGCGGCAAAUAUUGCAGACAAGUUUGGCCUCUACGACGACUGGAAGUCGGUGACCGAGAGCGGGUUCGAUCCGAGCCUGCAGCUAUGGGAGCUGAUCAGCUUCCGCAACGAGCCGGUCUUGAAGCACACUGCCGAUACCAUGAAGGAGCUGUCGCUUCUCCUGGACUCUGCGGCAAUCUCAGGUUCUGAUUCGGAAUCAGAAUUGGCCAGCGAUGAGGAUAUGGAGGAUCAGGACAUGAGUGCAUCUGACUUGGAAGAUAGCGAUGCGGCUGAUAUGCAGUCCAGCGAUGAAGAGAUGGCGGCAGUAUCUGGAGACGAUGGGGAGGAGGAGGAGGGUGAAUCUGCCGUGGAGCAGAGUGCCUCAGAGGACGGCGACGAUAUCGAGUCGGAAUCAGAGGGCGAAGGGGCGGAGCCGUCAAUAAUCGAUGACGAGUUUUUCUCGCUUGCUGAAAUGGAAAAGUUUGCCGACGAUGCUGAAGAAGAGGACAUGCGCGACCGAGCGAUCCUAGCAGGCGACUACCCAAAGCCCACAGCCGAGGAAGAGAACGAUGAAGAGUCUGACGAGAGCGAGGAGGACGAGGAUGACAUUGAUCUGUUCCAGGAUUUUUCGGAUGCCGAUGAUGACGAGGAGGGUGACGACGAGGAGAACCCCGACUCAAUGAUGCGCCGAAAGGGAUCAAAGCGUGCUGCGGCCAAGGCAUCGCGUGAGAAGCAUGCCAAGCGCGUGAAGUUUGACCCAUCGGUUGAGAUCCGCGAUCAGGACAAGUCGGACGAGGAGGAUGACAAGGAAGAGGAAGAGGACGAGGGCGAGGUUGGACGCACAACCAACCUAUUCGAUGACAUGAGUGACAACGAUGAGGGGACUGGAGAGGACAGCGAAGGCAAGUCCGAGUUUGAGAAGCGGCAAGAGAAGCUCCAGGGUCUGAUCACCAAGCUCGAGGACGAGGCAGUGGAGAAGAAGCACUGGACCAUGACCGGUGAGGUCGAUUCAAGCGCGCGUCCCAAGAACAGUCUGCUGGAGGAGGACGUUGACUUUGACCAUGUGCAGAAGGCGGUUCCGGUUAUUACCCAGGAGGCGACGCAGUCGCUUGAGGACAUCAUCAAGCGGCGCAUCCUCAACGAGGAGUGGGACGACGUCGAGCGCAAGAAGGACAUCCAGCAAAAGCCGUUCCGGCCGUCGGAGCAGUUUGAGCUCAACGACAAGGCGCCGCAAAAGUCGCUGGCCGAGGAGUACGAGGACGCGUUUAUGGCGCAAAAGGCCGGCGAUGCCUAUGUCCCCGAGAACGAUGCCAAGGUACUGGCCGCGCACAAGGAGGUCGACGAGCUGUUCCGCAAUCUGUUUGUGCAGCUCGACGCCAUGAGCCACUUCCACUUUGCGCCGAAGCCAGCGUCGGCCGAGAUCGAGAUCCGGUCAAGCGCGCCAGCACUCGAGAUGGAGGAGAAGCUGCCAACCACUGUGUCGACUGCGCAGCAGCUUGCGCCUGAGGAGGUGUACGAGAAGGACAAGGGCCGCAACGGCCGCACAGGCGACUUGAUGGGCAGCAGCGAGAUGACGCGCGAGGACCGCAAGCGGAGACGCAACCACAAGAAGCACUUUGACAAGGCAAAGGCAAAGAAGGCUGCGGCGAUCAGCCCGAAGCCCAAGACAGCCGAGUCCAAUAUCAAGACGGCCCAGGAGUAGAGCAGCGUUAGCAAAAUAUUUAUCGUACAAUUAACUGAGAGUUCG